CGUGAAAUGGAAUCAAUAGAUACAUUAAAUUUCUCGGAGCUGCGAGAUGCCGAAAUUGUGGCCCGCAUGCGCAAGUGCAAUUAUGAAAAAUUUAAAAGUUUGGUGCGCAUGCACUUAUCCUUUGAAUUGGACUUAAACACUGAUGAAUUUGAUUUGCCCUGUCACGAAAUUGUCUAUGAAGACAAAGGCAAACUUCGUAAAUGGAAUCCUAUGAGCAAAAAACAUAAACAUGGUGCUGUUGUGGCGGCCCUAGCAUCAGGUUCAACAGGUUGUGCUUCGGCAGUUGGCAUAAAGGGCUCAUCAUCAAAUGGUACAACACAAAAUGCCAAUUGUGGUAUUAGUCCAACGGAGAAUUUACGGCAACAUGUUGAUCCUGGAUUUUUGUUUCAUUUACAAGAAUUAAAGGAUUUCCUAAUGUCGGAAAAGAGCAUUCAACAAGAGGGAAUUUUUCGUAAAACCGGUUCAAGUUCAAGACAAAAUGAAUUGCGGCAGCAAAUUCAAAAUGACAAACCACUCGAUUUAGAAGCAAGUGGUUAUUCAGCUCAUGAUUGUGCCACCGUUUUUAAAGGUUAUUUAGCCGAAUUGGCUGAACCUCUACUAACCGAUGCUCAUUAUCCUGCCCAUUUACAAAUUGCUCCAUUAUGCUUGGGUUUAAAUUUACAAAUGGAUAAUGCCACCAGCGGCACAACCAGCGAUCACGAAACAAAAGAAGAAAAAUCAUCGACUACCACCUCCAGUACAGGUGAUCGAUUUAAAAAAGAAUUGCACGUGUUGCAUUCAAUACAAUUGUUACUCUUGCUAUUACCCGAUGAAAAUCGCCAGCUAUUACAACACAUCACCGAUAUACUACAUGCGGUUGCCUUAAAACAGAACAUCAAUAAAAUGGGUCCUGAUAAUUUGGCCACAUUGUUUGCACCACAUUUAAUAUGUCCACGUAAUUUACCACCCGAAGCUCUACAUUAUUUGGCUCGCAAAAUGUCUAGUAUUAUAUCGUAUAUGAUAAUAAGAGCUCAUGAUAUAUUUGCUGUUCCCGCUAAAUUGGCAACCGAUAUAAGAGCAUAUUUUUUGGAGCGUAAACGUAAGAAAACAAUGUCACCCGAAAUGACAUUAGAUGAAUCGAUAUCGGAUGUAUCAACAGUAAAUACAGUGUAUACAUUUGUUGAUCGUGAAAAGACUGCUGCAGCGCAUACAACAAAUACAACCGAUACAGAGCUGGCACAAUUGUAUGCACACAUACAAUCAAUGCCGGAAUCAUCGAAGAAACGUCGUUUGAUUAAACAAUUUAAUAAACAAAAUGGUCAAGGAACACCAUUACAAUUGCAGGCCAUGAAUCGUUUAAAAACCACUGAAAAUUCUCGCAGCUCAAAAUCAUUGAGUGACUCAAUUAAAAAACACAUUUUCAACAAGGGCCUAAUAUCACGAACACCAAAACGUCAACCUCCCAUACCCAGUGUUGUUUUGGAGACCCCUAACAGUUCCAGCAUGAAACAACACAAACAGAGAGUACUAUUCCAAAGUCCCAAUCCCACGGCAAUCAGUGCUUCAUCAUCAUCAUCCUCCAUAAUAUCAUCAUCAACUUCAACAUGCCCAUCUUCAUGGUCCAUGACCAAUUCCACAAAUUCUGUUAACCUCACACCAUACAUUUUCAAAUCACAUCCUCUACAAAAAUCCAUAUCCUCAUCUUCAUUACUAAUGAAUCAACAACAAUUGCAACAACAUCAUCAACACCACCAAUUGAACGCUGAAGAUCCAGAGUAUAACUCUUCAUCUUCUUCGUGUUCAAAUCCAUCGGCAUGCAACACUUCGAACACUAACUCGGUACAUAAUACAAAUAGUAGUGAUGGUUUAGUGCACAAAACUAAAUGCGUAUCGGCUCCUGUCAGUCGUCAAACAUCUUCCGAUUUACAAUAUCACGCUAACACGUCAAUAACAUCUACCACAUCCUCAUUGUCUUCGGGUAUAUCGGGCAAUCCCAUUGAUCCAACUUGCUGUGUUACCCCCUUGAAAUUAAUUUCGGAAGCAGCUAAACAAUUAAUUGCGGGUCCUGACAAAAAAUCGGUAGCUUGGGAUGAUUCUCAUUUAAUUGAUAUUGAACGCAUUUCAAAUCCCUCAACGCCAAUGCAACAAACGCCUUCUAAUGAAUUGAAAUCUCGUUACAAGUCAGAACCGAAUUUGAGCCUAUCGCAUAACAUAUGUGAGACUCCCAGUUCGUCGACCUCCAUUGCCCAUGAUAUGAUUACACCCAUUACCAAGCUAAUGCCGGGAACAUAUAUAAAGCGCAAGCUCUUGAAAGGUGUUAGCAUGGGUAAUUUGAAAUUUCCCUUUAGUACACCAGAGUCUACCAAACGUUUGGUACGUAACGUAUCGUCUUCGCUGAAACGGCGUUCGAGUGACGAUUCGCAAAUAUUUCAUCAAAUCGAGGGUAGUUUUGCCUCAGCAAGUAGGGCAGAUAAUGCACCAUUAUUGCAGGAUAUGGACGAUGAAGAUUUGGAUGAUGAUACAUUUGAGGAUGAUCCGGCGGGUGCUGGUAGUGAUACAGAAAAUGAUCAUCGGGUUGUGGGUAAUAUUGAGUAUUCCCAUGGAACGGGAAGUAGCUCCUCGGAGAUGCCCAAUUUUACAGGUGCUACUGCAACAUAUCAACAGCUUUUAUUGCAACAAAGUGGUAUUUAUCGUAAUUUGGAUUUGAUUACAAGCACGCCAUCACUGCUAUUGGGUCGUCGAUCAAUGUCGCCCAUAACGAAAUCAACACAACGCAUGCCGAAGGCAAUGCAGGAAUCGAUUAUGACACCCCGUUCACGUAAACCUGUAAUGGUUCUAACCACCACCACCAGUUCCACCGAUCAAAAUCAAACCAUUAAUCAAACGGUAGAUAUGCUGGAUUGUCCAGAAGAAGACGAAUUAGAAGAUGGUGACGAGGACGAGGAUGUUGAUGAUGAUGACGAGGUGGAAGAUGAUGAAGACGAUUUGGAAGUGGAAUUAGAAGAAGAAGGGGAGGAACACCUUGAAGAUGAUUCAAUUUUAUGUGGUGUUGUAACCAAAACGAAACCAUUAGAUAUCCAGACUAAUCCACCCCAUCCAGAAGUAAUCAAUGAAGAUGCCACCUCUUUGGGUGGUUAUUCCGAUAUAUUAAAACGACAACAGCUAUUACAACAAUUAAAAGAUGAUCAACAAGCGGCAGAUGUUUUGAGUACACAUUUCAAAGAGUACUUGUUAACACGUAGUGUCCUUACAGCACCACCAGAAGAUACAUCCUUUACUAGUCAUUCGGAUGAUUUCGAAAGUUCACGUGAACUCGAUGAUAUAGACGAGAAUCGUUUAAGUUCUAGUUUACUCUAUUGUCUGGAUGGUAAUCGUCCUGAGAGUGAACAUGGCGAUGAUGACAAUGAUAAAACCCCAACAGAGACAAAUAAUGAGAAUAUUGGAAAUAAUGAUCACAGUUCUAAUGAUACGGCUAAUACAAAUGAACAUCUUAGAAUUAAGGAAACGGACACAACGGGCCCAUCAAUACCACAUGAAGACCAUAAUAAAAAUCAAGAACAUGAGACUGAUGAUAGCAACAGUAGCUGUAUAUCACAACAACUACCAUUAGGAGCUGGUAAUAACGUUACAAAUCGUUUGGCCAACAAUCCCUUCGUUAUACUUAACAAUGCACGUAAGCGUGCUGCAAGCAAUGAUAUUGAAAAAAUGUCUUCAAUACUGUUUAACAGUCAGCAACAGCAACACAAUAACAGCAGUAGCUAUCAUAGUUUUAAUAAACUAUCAUCUGCAGCAGCAUCGUCUUCAAACCAGUCGGCGGGAAAUAAAAAAAUACUCAGCAGCUAUAAGGCGAAUAAAGAGAAUUGUGAACAGAAUGAAAACUAUGUGACAAACAAAAAACUAAUUAUAAGUGAAUAUCCCGGCGAGACUUCCUUCUAA